AUGCAGGUAUUUCUGCCUGGCGAUCAAGUUCCCACUGGUCACAUCCCAACGUCUCAAAAGCGCAAAAUCGGCCAAGGACUGCAACAAGCAGCAGAUGCCAACUUCCUAGCGACCAUUGGAGGAUUCUUGGAUGUUGACUACCGCAAGAAGACUGCACAAAUAGCCACUCCAGAUGCUCGUUACAUCCCCAGACCAGGGGACCUCGUGAUCGCUCAAGUACGAAUCUCGACUGCAGACUUUUUCCAUGUCUACAUCAACCGUUACUCGCCUCAAGCCUUUUUGCCACAAUUAGCCUUUGAGGGUGCAACCAAGAAGACGAGACCUCAACUGAAAACCAAUGACCUCGUCUAUGCCAAAGUUGUCUCAGCGCAGAAGAACAUGGAGAUCGAAUUAAGUUGUGUGAAUCCAUCCACGGGAAAGGCGGAACCAGAUGGGUUGGGCCCGCUUAGCGGUGGCAUGGUAUUUGAUGUCAGUCCCGGCCUUGCUGAGAGACUUCUCAAGAAGCAAGGUGUUGCAGCGCUGGAGGAACUGGGCUCGAAACUUCAGGGCGGAUUCGAGAUUGCAGUCGGCAAAAAUGGGAAAGUGUGGGUUGAGUGUCCUGAGGCUGGCGUAAAGGGAAUUUGUGCCGUUGGGCGAUGUCUGAGGGAGAUGGACGAGAACGAGUUAAAAGAGAGGGAGCAGAAGAAGCUAGUGAAUAGGAUCAUAGGGGAUAUGGAACGCGGCUGA